AUGGCUGCUGUACUUACUCGCACUUUCCCUCGUGGAGCCAAGGAUGCGCUCGCGACCGUCUCGCGCCAGACGAACGGCGUCUACUUGCUCUCAAUGCACAACUUGCCCGACAACCGUCUAACACCCGUGAGUGCCCCAUCGAAGAUCUGAAUCUGAAUGAUGACAAUAACCCCUCUGACCCUCGUGGCUGAUUCUGCCGAUCCAGGACUUUAUUAAACACUCGGUGCUUAUCGACUCGAGCUAGAUGGCCGACGCCUUCAAACGACGUCGUCGAGGCCAAAGCCGAAGGCCGAACGGUCCUAGGACCAGCACGGCUUGAAUACAUCACUAAUAUACGUGAUUCUUUAUGUGGAUUCCAACAGCUUCUCCCGGCGUUGGACGACAUUGAACUGGAGUUCCGAGCCAACUUCAAGAAGGGCGACAAAAGCGCUGCGCUCGUCCUAACCGGAGAACGCGUGAAGAACAAAUUCUUCUCGUGAGGCGCUUAGCAGGCCUCGAUGACUUUCUUUAGACUGCAGUACAAAGUGCUGACACCUGAGAUUCCGGAGGUCUUAGCAACGGACUCGAUCUCAACCUCGCCGGCGAAUAUCAGGGCAACUUUUUCAAGGUUUGUCAAGAAUACUAGCCGAAGUCGCCGGAGUUUCCGGUAGAUGACGGGGCCAUCUGACAUUUCUCGCCCGAACAACAGGAACUCUACUCGCACCUGAUGCACAGACUUUUGACGUUCCCGAUGCAUACCGUGUCGGCCAUCAACGGCCACUGCUUCGUAGGUUUUGUUGAAGGCCAGAGGCCACCGCCUCGUCUCGUAGUUUUCUGUUAACCUGUUGAGCUUUGACUGCAGGCCGGCGGCUUCUGCUUGUCCAUGUGCACGGAUUGGCGCGUCAUCCGAGUGGGUUUAUCAAUCAGUACCGUUGCUCUUUAUUUACAGAACUAACUCCGGCGCAAUUUUGGAUUAUUACAGGCCGAGCGCGCGUGGAUGUGCAUGAACGAGAUCGACUUUGGCGCACCUCUCCCCGUCGGCAUGACGGGUGUACUCAAGCAACGUCUCCGCCCCGAAGUCUUGCGCAACGUCAUGCUCACAGCCCACCGUUACGUCGCUUCCGAAGCGCUCGCCGCUGGUCUGGUUGAUGAAAUCGUUCAAGGGGAUGGAGAAGCCGCGAUCGCUCGAGCACUCGAGAUCGCCGAGAUGAACCUCAAACAUUCCGAAAGUGGGGUUUGCGGCUUGCUCAAGGAGCGCUUGUAUGCCGAAGUAGUUGUGGCUCUCAAAUCGGACGAGGGUCUUCCGGAUGUUUGGGAUCAUCUCGAGGAUAGGUUCAAAUCCCUCACCGCAGUAGCGACGCAAGCUGCGAAACUUUGA